UUCUAAAGAUGCACUGCAGGUACUGAUGGGAAGGGGUUCAAUAUGAAUGUAAAUGAUGUUGGAGGAAGACGACGCUUUGAGGACAGUGAGUUUACACUACACGUAUAUCCUGGGAGCAUUGCUGAAGGAACCAUCUAUUGCCCUAUUACCGCCAGAAAAACAUCAACAGCUGCUGAGGUAAUAGACUCUCUCAUUAAUAAACUCCAACUAGACAAAACAAAAUGCUAUGUCCUAGCAGAGGUGAAGGAGUUUGGUGGGGAGGAAUGGAUUCUCAACCCUACAGACUGCCCUGUCCAACGCAUGAUGUUGUGGCCCCGCAUGGCCCUGGAGAACCGACUGAGUGGAGAAGACUAUCGCUUCCUUCUGAGGGAGAAGAAUCUAGAUGGGUCUAUUCAUUAUGGCAGUCUACAGUCCUGGUUACAGGUGACAGAAGAGCGUCGCAGAAUGAUGGAACGUGGAUUCCUUCCUCAGCCGCAGCAGAAGGACUAUGAUGAUUUGUGCAGUUUACCAGAUUUAAAUGAGAAAACACUCUUGGAAAAUCUCAGAAACCGCUUUAAGCAGGAAAAAAUUUAUACCUAUGUAGGCAGCAUUCUGAUAGUCAUUAAUCCAUUCAAAUUUCUCCCCAUUUACAAUCCUAAGUAUGUUAAAAUGUAUGAUAAUCAUCAGCUGGGAAAGUUGGAGCCCCAUAUUUAUGCUGUGGCUGAUGUGGCCUACCAUGCUAUGCUUCAGCGCAGGAAGAACCAGUGCAUCGUGAUUUCAGGAGAAAGUGGGUCAGGGAAAACACAGAGCACAAACUUUCUGAUUCAUCACCUCACUGCUCUCAGCCAGAAGGGAUUUGUUAGUGGAGUAGAACAGAUUAUUCUUGGAGCUGGACCAGUGCUUGAGGCUUUUGGAAAUGCAAAGACAGCACAUAAUAACAACUCAAGUCGCUUUGGCAAGUUUAUUCAAGUGAAUUACCAGGAAACAGGCACUGUGCGAGGAGCUUAUGUUGAAAAGUAUUUACUGGAGAAAUCCAGGCUAGUCUAUCAGGAACACAAUGAACGGAACUACCAUGUAUUUUAUUACCUUCUGGCAGGAGCAAGUGAGGAAGAAAGAUCAGCAUUCCAUCUUAAACAACCCGAGGAGUAUCAUUAUCUCAAUCAGAUGACAAAGAAACCCCUCAGACAGAGCUGGGAUGAUUAUUACUAUGACUCUGAGCCGGAUUGUUUCUCUGUUGAAGGGGAAGACCUGAAGCAUGAUUUUGAGCGCUUACAACUGGCCAUGGAGAUGGUGGGAUUUCUUCCCAAGACUCGCAGACAGAUUUUCUCUCUCUUAUCUGCAAUACUACACUUGGGUAACAUCUGUUACAAAAAGAAAACAUACCGGGAUGAUUCUAUAGAUAUUUGUAACCCUGAAGUACUACCUAUUGUCUCAGAAUUGCUGGAGGUAAAAGAAGAGAUGCUGUUUGAAGCCCUGGUUACCAGAAAGACAGUGACGGUGGGAGAGAAGCUUAUUUUACCAUACAAACUUGCAGAGGCUGUGACUGUGCGGAAUUCCAUGGCUAAAUCAUUGUACAGCGCCUUGUUUGAUUGGAUAGUUUUUCGAAUUAAUCAUGCACUUUUGAAUACAAAGGAUGUGGAGGAAAGCACCAAGACUUUGUCCAUUGGAGUACUUGAUAUCUUUGGGUUUGAAGAUUAUGAAAAUAACAGCUUUGAACAAUUCUGCAUUAACUUUGCUAAUGAACGCUUACAGCACUACUUUAACCAACACAUCUUUAAACUAGAGCAGGAGGAGUACAGAGCAGAAGGCAUCAGCUGGCACAACAUAGACUAUAUAGAUAACUCUGGCUGUAUAAAUCUUAUCAGCAAGAAACCAACAGGACUGCUCCACCUGCUGGAUGAGGAAAGCAAUUUUCCACAAGCCACAAACCAAACACUACUGGACAAGUUUAAGCGUCAGCAUGAGGGAAAUUCUUACAUUGAAUUUCCAGCCGUGAUGGAGCCUGCUUUUAUCAUAAACCACUAUGCUGGAAAAGUGAAAUACGGAGUGAAGGAUUUCCGGGAGAAAAACACAGAUCAUAUGCGGCCAGACAUUGUAGCUCUCCUAAGAAGCAGCAAGAACGCCUUUAUCUGUGGAAUGAUAGGAAUUGAUCCAGUGGCUGUGUUCCGCUGGGCAGUCCUCAGAGCUUUUUUCAGGGCUAUGGUUGGUUUUAGGGAGGCUGGAAAACGAUACACUGAGAAGAAAACUGGGCAUGAUGAUGCAGUGCCAUGUGCGGUUUUGAAAAGUGUGGAUAGUUUUAGCUUUCUACAUCACCCAGUCCAUCAGAGGAGCUUAGAGAUCCUGCAGAGAUGCAAGGAGGAGAAGUACAGUAUUACUCGGAAAAGCCCAAGAACACCCCUUUCAGAUCUUCAGGGAGUUAACACCAUCAAUGAGAAAACCCAACGCGAUACCUAUGGAGUUGGCUGGACUGGCAGGAUGGGAAUCCGACAAGGCCGACUCUCUAGUCCUAGCUCCUUCCUAGACAAAGAUGGGAUAUUUGUUAAUUCGACCAACAGCAAGCUGCUGGAGAGGGCCCAUGGCAUUCUCAUGAGAAACAAGAACUUCAAAGCCAAACCCAAUCUCCCAAAGCACUUGUUGGAGGUGAAAUCUCUCAAGCACCUAACUAACCUGACACUGCACGAUCGCAUUACAAAGUCUCUUCUCCACCUCCAUAAGAAGAAGAAACCACCCAGCAUCAGUGCACAAUUCCAGGCAUCCCUCAACAAGUUGAUGGAGACUCUUGGUCAAGCAGAGCCUUAUUUUGUCAAGUGCAUUCGAUCUAAUGCUGAAAAGCUCCCUCUGAGGUUCAGUGACAGCCUGGUGCUUAGGCAGCUGCGAUAUACAGGAAUGCUGGAGACAGUUCGAAUUCGGCAGUCUGGGUACAGCUGCAAAUAUUCCUUCCAGGACUUUGUGGACCAUUUCCAUGUUCUGCUGUCACGAGGAAUCAGCCCAUCUAAGCACAACAUCCAUGAUUUCUUCAGGAAAAUAAAGCUCAGUCCAGACAAUUAUCAAGUUGGGAGAACAAUGGUUUUCAUGAAGGAGCGGGAGCGCCAGCUUUUGCAGGAUUUGCUACACCAGGAAGUGCUCCGGAGGAUUACUCUGCUGCAGCGUUGGUUCCGUGCUAUACUGGAGAGAAGGCACUUCUUGAACUUGAGGCAGGCAGCAGUGAUCAUACAGAGAUACUGGCGCAGUUAUCAGAGUAGAAAGCAAGCUGAAGACUCCCUAGUUGAUCCUCUCCUUUUCAGCAAUGCAGCACUCGUUCUUCAGGCCCACUGGCGAGGUUUUGUGGAGAGGCGAAGAUUCCUGCAGAUGCGGGUUGCAGCCUUCAUCAUCCAGAACUAUUGGCGGGAAUGCUCUAGGCGUAGGCAUGCCGCAGCCAUGUGCAUACAGGGAGGCUGGCGAGGAUACUGCGCAAAGAGACUCUACAGGGCCAAGAGAAAUAAAGUCAUCCUAUUGCAAGCAGCAUGCAGAGGAUACGUAGCACGGCAAAGAUUUACAGCUUUAAAAGAGCAGAGAUUAAAAGACAGACAGCUGGAGAAUGGAGUGUCAAUCAGAGAAGAGGAUGGACUGGAGGCAGAUGAUACUAUGAAAAUUAGGGGCUCAGACCCAUCUAAGUGGGAGGAUGGCUCGUUUGAACAGCGGGUGAGAGCUGUAGAGGAACAUAAAUCAGUAAUAGAGAAUAGUCGGGUGAAUCAUGCUGAUCCAGUAGACAGUUCUGGAGACUUACUGUACAAAAGACACGAGAGAGCCAGCAGCCAAAGUGGCAUGGACAUUGAAGAGGAAGUAGUUGUGAGAGAGAGGCCCAAAUCACUGGAGGAUCUCAACCAGAAAAAAGUGGUCCGCGCAAAAAGAGAAAGCCGGAGAAUGCGUGAAUUGGAACAAGCAAUAUUUAGCUUGGAAUUGCUUAAGGUCCGGUCCACUGGAGGGGUGUCUCCCUCAGAGGAGCGUCGGUGGUCCACAGAGCUUGUGUCAGAGGUCCUUCAUUCUCCACAGGGAACCCCAGAGAGUGAAAGCUCUCAGGGGAGCUUAGAAGUGUUAAGCUGUGAGGAUACUCAGAAGAAUAAACUUGAUUCUCCAGUUUUAGAAGAGCAAGACAUGCAGUCUGUCUCCACUGAGACCCAGGACUCUUUACCUCACAGUCCUAAGCCUGGUUUACAGGACACAACCUUCUUCUCAGCAGAUGUGAACAGCAACUUAUCUAACAGAAAAAGGACACCAUCAAGUUCUGAGUUACCGGAGAGUCCUGCUACUAAGGAGCGGGUGGUCUGUGAUACCCAGAAUGUUAUCUACAAGAUGCAUCCAAGAGAGACCUUCAUUUCUAGCAAUCUGCCUACUUUCUACAUUCCACCACAGGACACCCAGAAAGCAAAUCAGUCACUGGUGGAGAAUAACUUGAAGAACAAACUAAUGGAAAAGGAAGAAAAACCAGGUACGUUUCCUGAGGUUCAGAAAGAUACGGAGCCAGGCAGGCAGGGCCAGGGCAAAGCCUUGGACAAAGAGAGAGGAGAAAACCCUCCUGUCAAGCAAGAGGAAAGCCUACCUGCUCUUGCAUCAGAUACACAUUCUUCAGACUCUGUUAUCAGGAGACUUGAGAAGCUGAAUGUGGAGAAGGAGGAGCGACAAAAGCAGCUGCAGCAGCAAAAUGAGAGGGAGAUGAUGGAGCAGAUCCGCCAGCAGAAGGAAAUUCUGGACAAACAACGCAAAGUUUUUGAGCAAUUCGAGAGACAAGGGAGGGGAGAGGCCUUGCAAAGGACUGAGCACAGCAGAAUCAAGGAUCCCUCACAAGGAGUGUCUCUCAGACCCCCAAAGAAAACAGACAACAGGCCUCAAUCUCUCCUCAUCCUAAAUCCCCAGAGCAAAGGGGAAAAUUUCCAGACUGUGAAUACAACACCAACCUCAUCAGUGGAUAUUAAAGGGCUCACUGUUGCAAAGAAAGGGAGCCCCCCAGCCCACAUAGCACAAAAGGACAGGCCUGUCAGCAUGUUCCUGGAGCGAAAAGAAGGUCAACCUGGAAUGACACAGGAAUCAACCAGAACAGAUCGUUGGAAUUCAAAACUGGCUGUAGAAUCUGGGGACUUCUCUAGCAGCCAUGCUGCAAGGACAGAGCGCCUCAGGCAACCCCGAAUUCCCAACCAGAGCACUGAUGCCUCUUCUAGUGAGCCGCGGGCUAGUGCUAUUUUCUUCACACCAAAAGACAGUCAUUUCCUUUUCAACAAGGAAUCUUCAAAUCAUCAGAUCCUUUCGAAAGAUGAACCACCUAGAAAGCCACUAAAGUUCCCUGGGCCAGGCAGAGGGGGGCAGGUUGCCAGACCGGCCCAUAAAAAGAAAGCCCGCAUGGCGCGGACGCGCUCCGAUUUCUUGACUAGAGGUACUUUUGCUGAUGGGGAGGGGGAUACGGAGGAAGAUGAUUACGAUGACAAUUUUGAGUUCCUUCUCUCCCCUGACCAACCUCCUCACCUUGAGCCAGGGCCUACAGCCAGGCUUGGGCAGGCCUGUCACAGUGACUCCGAAAUGACAUUGCAGCGUUUCACAUCAGGUGAAGGCCAAGCAAAGCUUCAUAAAACAAUGUCUCAGGGUGAGAUUGGGAAGCUGGCAACUGUUCAGAAGCAUCUGCCUACCGAUGGAAGGCCUCAGAGAGCCAAGAUGAGAUUCUGGGUGAAAGGGAAACAGGGAGACAAGAAAACAUCCAGAGAGAAGCUUACGACCCAGUCUGAGCUGCUUGAGCUGUAUACAGAGCAAGAGGAACCAAACAUAGAGGUGACUCCUGGCCUCCAGCUUGGUGAAGAGUUGGGUCCACAUCACCUGACACCCCCAAGGAGUCCAGAGCUGUCAGGCAUCUACAGAAGGGAAUUUAAAGAGAACAAGGAGCCAUCUCCCAAAGUGAAGCGUAAGCGCAGCGUGAAGAUCAGCAGCUUGGCACUGGAGCCUGUACAGUGGCAGAAUGACUCUCUGCAGAUCAUAACCAGUGCUGGUGACUUGAAAAGCAUGGAUGAGUUUCUCCUGAAAAAGAUGAAUGAUCUGGAUAAUGAAGACAGUAAGAAGGACACACUUGUGGAUGUGGUGUUUAAGAAAGCAUUAAAAGAAUUCCGGCAAAACAUCUUCAGCUUUUACUCAUCAGCUUUGGCGAUGGAUGAUGGGAAGAGCAUCCGGUAUAAAGACCUGUAUGCCCUGUUUGAGCAGAUUCUGGAGAAAACCAUGAGGCAAGAGCAGAGGGAUUGGAGUGAAUCACCCGUCAAAGUUUGGGUCAACACCUUUAAAGUAUUCCUUGAUGAGUAUAUGACAGAAUACAAACCUCUGGAUUACACUGCUGCAAAGGUGCCAAAAACAGAGAGAAAAAAGAGAAGAAAAAAAGAAGCAGAUGUGGUGGAAGAGCAUAAUGGUCACAUCUUUAAGGCAACCCAGUACAGCAUCCCCACAUACUGCGAGUACUGCUCCUCCUUGAUCUGGAUAAUGGACAGGGCUUCUGUUUGUAAAUUAUGUAAGUAUGCUUGUCACAAGAAGUGCUGUCUUAAAACCACAACCAAGUGCUCCAAAAAGUAUGAUCCCGAGCUUUCGUCACGGCAGUUUGGGGUUGAGCUCUCUCGACUGACCAAUGAGGAGCGAGCGGUGCCACUGGUGGUGGAGAAGCUCAUAAACUACAUUGAAAUGCAUGGGUUGUACACCGAGGGCAUUUACAGGAAGUCAGGCUCAACCAAUAAGAUAAAGGAGCUCCGACAGGGUCUUGACACAGAUAUUGACAACGUGAAUCUAGAUGACUACAACAUUCAUGUCAUUGCCAGUGUGUUCAAACAGUGGCUGAGAGAUUUGCCCAAUCCCCUCAUGACCUUCGAACUCUACGAGGAAUUUCUGCGAGCUAUGGGCCUGCAGGAGAGGAAGGAGACCAUCCGAGGCGUGUACUCUGUCAUUGAUCAGCUCUCUCGCACCCACCUCAGUACCCUGGAACGCCUCAUCUUUCACCUUGUGAGGAUUGCUCUGCAGGAAGAGACCAAUCGAAUGUCAGCUAAUGCCCUGGCCAUUGUAUUUGCUCCCUGUAUUCUGCGCUGUCCUGACACAACUGACCCACUGCAGAGUGUUCAGGACAUCAGUAAAACAACCACCUGUGUGGAGUUGAUUGUCGUAGAGCAGAUGAAUAAAUACAGGGCUCGUCUCAAGGACAUCAACAGCCUGGAGUUUGCUGAGAACAAAGCAAAAAGCAGGUUGUCUUUGAUCCGCAGAUCAAUGGGCAAAGGACGUCUAAGGCGUGGAACUUUCCCCAGUCCAACAUCUCCUGUUUCAGUGCGAUUACCCUCCGUGUCUGAUGUUUCUGAGGAGACUGUGAGUAGUGAGGAGGCAAUGGAGAUGGAUGUCUCAGAUCAGCAGCAGGCAGCUAUGCAGCAAGAGGAGAGGGUGCUGACUGAGCAGAUCGAGAGCUUGCAGAAGGAAAAGGAGGAGCUGACUUUUGAGAUGCUUGCACUGGAGCCCCGAGCCUCUGAUGACGAAACCCUCGAGUCUGAAGCUUCCAUUGGCACUGCGGAUAGCUCCGAAAAUUUGAACUUUGACUCUGAAGGGGCUAUCUCUGAUCGAUCGGAGAGAAGUUUAGCACUUAGUUCACUGAGGCCUGUCAAGAUUGAAUCCACGAGCAGGUCGCGAAGGCACCUGAGGAAGCAGCAAGACUCUCUGGACUCAGUGGAUUCUUCGGUUUCUUCUCCGUCUUCAUCCUCCUCGUCCUGCUUACCUCACGUGACUAGGAAACGAUUCCAAAUGUACUCCAAGUCACCCUUCUAUCGAGCAGUUGCUCCUGGCAAUAUCACUGAGCAGAGAUUGGGACUUGAAGGGUUACCAGGGCAGCUUAGGGGUCUGGAUGACAGGCCCCAGUUCACCAGCAGAGGGACGUUCAGCCCUGAGAAAGGCAAACAGAAACUGAAGAAUGUGAAAAACUCACCCCAGAAAACCAAAGAGCUCCCAGAGGGGGCAGCUGGGGCAGGCCGGAAAAGAAACACUGAAGCAGACUGCAGCAGCACCCAGCAGCUGGUGCUUUUUGGGAACAAUGAGUUUAUGGUGUGA